CCUGCGGUGGUUAACAAUUCACUGCCGCCACUGCUUCUUCUUCUUCGUCUGCUUCCUCGCCAAGGGUUUAGCCUUCUUCUUUGCGUACCUCGCACUCUAGCUCUGCGUUCUCCCAAAAUAGGGGUUUAAACGCUCCUUCCAGAGCUCCCAUGGAUAGAUACCAGAAGGUCGAGAAACCCAAGCCCGAAUCGCCCAUAAAUGAGAACGAGAUCCGAAUUACUUCGCAGGGCUUGCUCCGAAACUACAUCAGUUACGCCACCAGUCUUCUGCAGGAGAGACGUGGGAAAGAGAUAGUAUUGAAAGCUAUGGGUCAGGCGAUCAGCAAGACUGUGGCUAUUACUGAGAUUAUCAAGAGAAGGUUUCCUGGUUUGCACCAAGACACUGCCAUCAGCUCAGUAAGCAUAACUGAUGUAUGGGAACCCAUUGAAGAAGGUCUUGAGACAGUGGAGCAGACUCGCCAUGUGUCUAUGAUUUCCAUCACCUUGUCUACAAAGGAGCUGAACAAGAAUUCUCCUGGGUAUCAAGCUCCAUCUCAUUCAGAGCAGGGAAGAUGGUAUAAUAACUAUCAGCCGCAGCAGCAUCAGCCACCUAGACAAGCACUUGCGGUUUAUAAUGCUGGUAACGAAGAUUCUUAUGGUCGAGGAAGAGGCCGUGGCAGAGGGAGGGGACGGGGUUGGAGCAGAGGUGGUUAUGGGAACUAUCAGGGAAAUUAUAGAGGAAAUUACCAGGGGAAUUAUAGAGGGAACUAUCAGGGGAACAAUCAAGGAAACUAUCCAGGGAGCAAUCAAGGGAACUAUCAGGGUAACAAUCAAAACUAUCAGGGUAACAAUCAAGGAAACUAUCAGGGGAACAAUCAAAACUAUCAGGGUAACAAUCAAGGAAACUAUCAGGGGAACAAUCAAGGAAGCUAUCAGGGGAAUAAUCAAGGAAGCUAUCAGGGGAAUAAUCAAGGAAGCUAUCAAGAAAAUGGUGGGUACUCAAACUGGGGUCGAGGUGGUGGUCGUGGUAAUUGGGGCUAUCGUGGCACUGGAUAUGGGCGAGGUGGUAGGGGCUAUGGGGGUCGUGGACGUGGUGGACGGAUGGGAAACCGUGGUGGUCCAAGAGGGGGUGCCAGCAACCGAGCAUAGUGUGUGGGAUUGGUGACCUUGCUUGUUCGCCUUGGCUUGAGUGGGGUUAUUAUGUCAAAGUCAGUCAUCUUGUGUCUAAAAAGCAUGAAAUUACGGGGUUUAAGAGUGGUUUUGUUGGUUUUCAGCAUCAUAUGAUAUGUGGGAAAAGUUUAUUUGAGAGUAAAUUGCUUUUUAGUUUUUAUGAAGCCAAGCAAAGAAGCCAAUUCUGACUGCUGUCACAUUUGUUUCACACUCAGUUGCAAAUAUCUAUAUUAUAUUUGUUCUUCCAUCU